UCGUUCUGUCUGCGAGAAAUUUCGCUCGGAAUCUUUCUUUCUGGGAGGGAAAGGAAGAAAAUCGUCCCACGAAUUUGAAAACAAAUGUUGAAGCUCGACCCUCAAUCUUCAUGGCGACUCGGGGAGAAUCUAGGAGUUGGAAAGUCCUGUUGUUGAUUUCUAGGGUUCGUUAAUUUAUUUUUUUCUCUUUCGAAUCCGCUUCUCUCUGGUAUUGGUUUCAAAUAGAUCCGUUUCGGUUAUCAAUUAGUGAGUUCCUUUCCUUUGCGCUUCGUGGCAAUGUCUGAAUGUUCAAUAUUUGGUUCGUUUGAAUUUGUAAUUGGAUGAGGAAGAGGAUCCUUCGAGUUUUGCUCGACCGAAUCAUAAGUUUCUGUGCGGAUAGGCAGAUUACUGGUCUAGGACGACGUUUGCGCUAUUAAUUUAAUUUUUGAUUUUUGUCAUGCGAGUUUCAUCGGGUUCAGUUUCGUCGUCAUUGAAGCAGAGUGACAAUCGGUCUGGGUCUAGGCUUAAGAAGAAGCACAAAAGGCUUGAUGCCAUAUGCGAAAAAGAGUAUAGUCGAAACCAUGGCGAUGUGAAUGAGAAUGGCAGUGGGUUGGGGAUUGUGGAGGCUGACCUUGGGCUUCGGCGGAGCAGCCGUGUCCGUCGGGCCCCAGUCUUGCUCGAUGCUUCCCCUAUGCCAAAGAAGAAGCGGCGGAAGGUUCAUGGGAAUGAAACUUUGGGCGUUAAAACGAGUGCUAACUCUCUGCCUCAGUUGAGUGAUGAAUUGAAUGAUGAGAAGCCCGACAAUUGGAGAUCAAGGUUGAGAUCAGGGAACAGAAAUUUGGGGAUUAGAGUGGAAAAAGGAACUCGGGCAAGCAGGAAAAGAAAACUUUUUGAUGAAAUUGUUGAUGUGGAAGUAAAAAGUAGUGGAAUGAGGAGGUUUGGAGUGACAAAUGAUCAAAUUAACAUAGAAAAAGAGGUGAAAUCUCCUAAAAUUAAGGAUGGUUGUUGCAGGGAAGACAUCUUGGAUAUCGAUAAUGAAGAUGAUGAUGAGGAGGAGACUGAGGAGUGGGAGGAAGAAGAAGAAGAAGUAGAAGAAGAAGGGGAGGAAGAAGAGGAAGAAGAAGAAGAAGAAGAGGAAGAAAAAGAAGGGGGGGAGGAGGAGGAGGAGGAGGUGGUGGAGGGAAAGGAAGCCAUGACUGCAAAGAAUGAGAGAGAGGACGUUUUGCCUUUGGAAAAUGAAAUGGAUGACAAAAAUGUGAAAGCAGUGGAUGAUGUUAUUCCUGAGGUUGUUCAAAAAUUGGACAAAGAAACUUCGAGUUCUUUUCAUGUAGAUGAGGCUUGUAGCGUCGAUCACAAUGAAGAACCAGCCAAUGUGGUGGAGAAUUCAAACAACGGUGAGAUACCGCUGGAAGAAUUAACACGACUAAAUGAAGGCAUAAAUGAAAUUCAUGAUGUAGAAGCUGCUGUAGUUUCAACAAAUGAAGUGGUAGGUGGAAGGCGUUGCGAUGAGAAAGCUAUUGAUUUGGGCAAGUUUACUGAAAAGUCUAAGCAACAUAGUGGUGAUUUAAAUUUAAAGAAGUUUACAGACAGUUCCACAGGUAUGUUGGGUAAGGCUCGCAUUAAAGAGGGCAGAAGGUGUGGAUUGUGUGGAGGAGGAAUUGAUGGUAAACCGCCAAAGAAGUCAGUUCAGGAUUCGGGUGAGAGUGAAAAUGAAGCUUGUAGUGGCUCUUCAGCUUCAGAGGAACCAAAUUAUGACAAGUGGGAUGGUUUUGGUGAUGAACCUGGAUGGCUUGGACGCCUAUUAGGUCCUAUUAAUGAUCGUUAUGGCAUUGCUGGAAUAUGGGUCCAUCAACACUGUGCAGUUUGGAGCCCCGAGGUUUAUUUUGCUGGAUUGGGAUGCUUGAAAAAUGUAAGGGCUGCUCUUUGCAGGGGAAGAGCAUUAAAGUGCACUCGGUGUGGGAGACCUGGCGCAACCAUCGGAUGUCGUGUUGAUCGAUGCCCAAGAACUUACCACUUGCCUUGUGCACGUGCUAAUGGUUGCAUAUUUGAUCACCGGAAAUUUCUCAUAGCUUGCACAGAUCAUCGCCACAUCUUCCAACCUCAUGGAAAUCAAUAUUUAGCUCGGAUAAAGAGAUUGAAGGCCAGGAAAAUGAAACUGGAAAUAAAAAAGCAAUCAAAUGAUGCUUGGCGAAGGGAUAUUGAGGCUGAAGAAAAGUGGUUGGAGAAUUGCGGGGAGGAUGAAGAGUUUUUGAAAAGAGAGAGUAAGAGACUUCAUCGAGAUUUGGUGAGAAUUGCACCUGUAUAUAUUGGUGGCUCAAACUCAGAAGGAGAGAACUUAUAUCGUGGUUGGGAGUCUGUUGCUGGGCUUCAAGGUGUCAUCCAAUGUAUGAAAGAAGUAGUAUUCUUACCACUCUUGUAUCCUGAGCUUUUCGAUCGCUUUGGGAUUACACCUCCUAGAGGUGUUCUGUUGCAUGGAUAUCCUGGAACUGGUAAAACACACGUUGUGCGAGCACUAAUAGGUUCUUGUGCUCGUGGUGAUAAACGAAUUGCAUAUUUUGCUCGUAAAGGAGCUGAUUGCUUAGGGAAAUAUGUUGGUGAUGCAGAACGUCAGUUAAGACUUCUAUUUCAAGUUGCAGAGAAAUGCCAACCUUCUAUUAUAUUUUUUGAUGAGAUAGAUGGGUUGGCACCUUGUCGCACAAGGCAGCAAGAUCAAACCCAUAAUUCAGUUGUGUCUACAUUACUUGCACUAUUAGAUGGUCUAAAAUCUCGGGGGUCUGUCGUAGUUAUUGGUGCAACAAAUCGCCCUGAGGCAGUUGAUCCAGCAUUAAGGAGGCCUGGGAGGUUUGACCGUGAGAUUUAUUUUCCUUUGCCAUCGGUUGAGGAUAGGGCUGCUAUUCUCUCCCUUCACACUCAAAGGUGGCCAAAGCCAGUUGAGGGACCCUUGCUCCAGUGGAUUGCAAGAAGGACUGCAGGCUUUGCUGGUGCUGAUCUUCAGGCUCUCUGUACUCAAGCAGCAAUGAGUGCUUUGAAAAGAAAUUUUCCUCUUAAAAAAGUUCUAUCAGCUUCUGGGGAACAAGCUUCAAGAGAUAACUGCCCUCCUCUUCCUUCCAUUUUAGUGGAGGAGCGGGAUUGGUUAGAAGCUCUAUUAUAUUCUCCACCUCCAUGCUCACGUAGAGAAGCAGGGAUGGCUGCUAAUGAUGUGGCAUCCUCUCCUCUUCCCUCUCAUCUCAUUCCUUGUCUGCUUCAACCACUGUCAACUUUACUUGUUUCCCUUUAUCUUGAUGAACGCAUCAGCUUGCCGGCUAAUCUUUUAAAAGCUGCAACUUUAAUUAAAAGCGUGAUUGUUACUGCUUUGGAUGGAAGGAAAAUUGUCACUAGUUGCUGGUGGUCUUAUGUUCACGAUUUUCUUCAGGAUGCUGAUAUUGCAAAUGAGAUAGAGAUAAAGCUGCAGGGUUCUGGAGUGUUACUUGAGGAUUCUACUUUUGUUGGUUCUGGUGUUCUCAACAAUGAAACAGGCAAUGAUAGUUCCAAGUUUGAAAGUGUAGGUCACCGUGGUGGCCCACCCACUACUAUGGUAGAGUCACCAUUCACCUUGGAAAAUAAGUCUGGCUUCCGUAUUUUGAUUGCUGGGAAUCCCAGAUCUGGACCAAGGCAUCUUGCUUCUUGUCUUCUUCACUGUUAUAUUCAACAUGUUGAAAUUCGUAAGGUUGAUAUAGCUACAAUUUCACAAGAAGGUCAUGGUGAUUUGGUGCAAGGCAUAUCACAAAUAUUAUUGAAUUGCUCUAGCAUGGGAUCGUGCCUUUUGUUCAUGCCAAGAAUUGAUUUGUGGGCUAUUGAAUCACAAAAUCAAACAUCUGAGGAGUGCGGUUUCUUUCUGAAUGAGGAACAGUACCCCAAGGAUGGAAUUAUUGUCAAAGAUGGUCUCCUUGGUGGAAGGGAAAACCAUAGUUAUUCAGACCAAAGCAAAUCAACCAAGAGGACCGUAUUUCAAGACGAAUCUCUCUCUAGUGCUUCAUAUGCUUGGAGUUCAUUUGUUGAGCAAGUUGAAUCUCUAUCUACACCCUUGAUGAUUUUGGCCACAUCAGAAGUUCCAUUUUUGCUACUUCCACAAGAGAUAAGGCGGUUCUUCAGGAAUGACUUGUCAAUUUGUCGGCCAACUACUACAGAGCAUUCAGUACCUAGAUUCUCUGUGCAGAUUGAUGGAGGUUUUGACCAUGACAUGGUAAUCAAUCAGUCUGCUACAGAAUUAUCAAGGGACAUACUGAAACUUCUUGUACAUUUGAUUCACCAAAAGUCCCACUCUAAAACAUCUAUUUGCACAAAGAACGAAAUUUCUGUUACCCAAGAUGAGAGUAAUGCUGCAGAUCAGCAAAUAGAUAAAGAAACUGCCAGCGAGCACACUGGAGAAAAGAAGUCCCCUGAUGUGCCUUCUGUUAGAAUUGUACCACUACCUGGCAGUAGAACCAUGAGAGUGAAAUCAAACUUGAGUUCAGUAAUAUCUACUUUUGGGUAUCAAAUUCUGCGAUACCCCCAUUUCGCCGAGCUCUGUUGGGUGACAUCAAAAUUGAAAGAAGGCCCCUCUGCAGAUGUUAGUGGACCCUGGAAGGGAUGGCCGUUCAAUUCUUGUAUCGUUCGCCCGAUGAAUGCUUUGGAGAAGGUAGCAUCAAGCAGCACGAGUAAUGGAAAAUCUAAGGAAAUUUCGGGUAUGGUAAGAGGCUUGAUUGCUGUUGGUUUAUCAGCAAUCAGAGGUGCCUACACAUCAUUAAGGAAAGUCUCCUUUGAUGUGCGAUUGGUACUCGACCUCUUAGUCGAACAGAUAAAUGCAAAAAUUAAUUCCGGGAAAGACCGGUAUCAAUAUUUUCGCCUUCUAUCACAAGUUGCGUACCUGGAAGAUGUUGUUAAUAGCUGGGUCUUCACUCUGCACAGCUUGGAACAGGACUCGAAAAAAAUUGAAACAUCAACGAAUCAUGCUUCUGGUGGUAAUGAGAUUUCGUGUGAGAAAAACGAACCCAUUACAUCCAACGAGGGCUGUCUUACACAUGAAAUUCCAGAAGUCAGUUGUCAGGAACCUGUUGAUGAGGAAGAAGUUGUACGUAUUGAUUCCUUGGUAGAUGGUGAUUUGAAUCAGUCUAAUUCCCAGGAUACAACAUUCAUAUCAGGAGGACAUGGAGAUGGGAAUUUCUGCAGUAAGUCAGUCUCUAACCAGUCCCAUGACAUUGCUGCUGACGAUGACGACCAGUUAACAGAUAAUAUUCCACUGAAUGAGACGACUGUUCUUGCACCGGAUGAUUUGGAGGACAAUAGAAACGACACAUCGGUUAAAGCGCCUUUAAAUUUAGGAACGGAAUCAGUUUUCGAGUUGGAAGAUCAUCAUCUUCAUCAUCAAAAUUCAAGUGAGGUAUGUGCUGAUGAAAUCCCUAGCUGCACAAAACCCUGCAACUAUAGUAAUGGGUGUUGCACCUUAGAAAAUGGUUGCAAAUGUGAUGGUUGUAAGCCCGACACAGACACGAAUGACCGUGAAGUGAAUGUUCACUCAUCUCCCAGCAGAAGUGACCUCUCAACUAGCUCUGCACAAGUAUGUUCUAUUCGGUGCUGCACUGGUUGUUUAAACAUCCUCUACGGUGCAACAAGAACCAUUCUUCAGAAUGAACUUGGAUCGAAUUGGAAUAAUUGGACUGCGGAGGACGUUCAUGACAUUGUUGCAGCGCUCUCAGUCGACCUUCUUGCAGCAGUAAGACGGGCAUUUCUUGAUGGAAACGACACUCGUGUAUUUAACGAUAGACGAAAGGCCUCAGACUCGAGAACUUGUGAUUGCAAAAGUUGGAAAGACAUGGUUUUUACGGCAGUGGAAUGUAUUUGUCACUGUGAGAAGGAAAGUUGGAGUGAAAAGGUAAGUCCCUCUCCUUGUUCUGAUAUGGGGCUUGAAACGAACUUUAUAUUCAGAGAUGGUGUAUUGGUUAGCCAAGAUCCCAAUAGGAAUGUUCCGUUUCAUUGUAAAUUGGAGACUUUGUGCCUCUGUUCUCUUACAGAGUUGAUAGUAAUGGCAAAUGAGCCUUUUAAUGGAUAAUUACAACAUUAUCUCUUAUUCUUACGUUUUCAUGAAUGUCGAUCUUGUAAUUUGA